CGAACGGGUCCAAAAUCCCAGAGGCAGCGCGUUCAGUGCGUUCGGUGCUAUUGGAUGGAAUGGUUGUUGGUUGGUCUCCAGCUCUCGGGCCCGCACGAAGCUCUCAAGAAGCUCUCCGUCUCGCUCUUCCCAAAAAUCGCUACUCGUUGGCAAAACACUAAGAAUAUUUAACAAAAUAAUAUAAAAUUCUAUGAAAUAAUAUUUGAAUAUAAAACUUAAAAAUUGUCCAAGCUGGAACUCAAAGUGCAACAACAAUAAUUGGUGCAAUCGAAUAAAAACACCUCAAGAAAAACCGGUUCUGCGCACCUCCAGCUAGCAGAGGGCCAGAAAGAGACAGCUGGCGCCUAAGUGACUGUGCGUGUGUGUAUGUGUGUGUGUGAGUGGAGAAAACUAUCUCGGACAAAUUGCAAUAGCGGUGUAGGUGUAGGUGUAUGCGUGUGUGGCCAUUGCAACGAUCGCAGCAACUCUACAAACUCUACACAUUACGCAUACGCACCGUGGUACAGCGCGUACUUGUGACUGGCAUUAUCGCCACAUUGUAGUUGCCGCCUCUGGUGGUUGUAAGUGCAGCGCAUUUCUGCCAUUCUACCAUUCUGCCACUUUGCCGCUCUGACGUUCUGUUUUGGCCUUUCCGCGUCGCCAUGGCUGCCAAAAGGUGUGUGUUGAACUGAAAAGAGCAACGCGAACCCCAAACUGUCGUCGCUCGCAGCACUUGAUGGUUGAGUAAACACAACGGUGGCCAUAUUUGUGUUCAUAUCUGUGCGGAGCUGCCUGGUUGCCGUCGCGGUUGUCGCCUCUUUACGCGGCCCAGAGAUAACCCGUGACACACUAAAGUUCUACGCAAAGCCCGCAUCGCGAAAGUUGUGCCGGUUAAAAGCCAACAACAAAAAAUACAAAUACGAAGGGUUAAGCCACCUCAUUAAUUGUGACCAAGUGCAGACAAUAGUGAAAAUUGUGACCAAGUGCUGACAAUAGUUCUCAAUUCUCCACAAAAAAACAAACAAACAAAAACUAAAACUUUGAACGUGUAAACUUCUCGAUCAAGAGAAAAUGGUCGCCAAAUUCCUUAAUAUUUAAAAUAACUUAAAAUCAACAAACCAAAACAAAAAAACCUAAAAAAAAAGUUACAAAAGUAAGAAAGCCAUGCAGGAGGUUUGCACCACUCUGGACACAAGCGCGAUGGGUACGCAAAUUAAGUCGGAGUCGCCCCUCAAUCCGCUGCAGGUGCAAACAGGCCAGACCUCGCUGCCGGUGGGUGGUGGUUGCGGUGUUGUCGGUGGCGGUGCUGCCGUCGUGGGUGGUGUGGUGGGUGUGGGCCAGCCCGGGGUCGGCCAGCAGGGGGCACCACCAGUGCCGGCGGUGAUGCUGGUCAACAAGAUGGCUCCGAACUGUGAUAAACGGGCCGCGGACACGGCCUAUUGGAUGGCCGCCACCGAGGGCGGAUUCAUCAAUUCGCAGCCGUCGAUGGCCGAGUUCCUCAAUCAUUUGAGCCCGGAGAGUCCCAAAAUCGGAACACCUGUUGGCUCCGGCGCCAUCGGCGGAGUGGGCGUCAAUGUUAAUGUCAAUGUCGGGGUCGGAUAUCCGGUUGGCGUUGUCCCUCAAACGCCGGACGGCAUGGACUCGGUGCCUGAGUAUCCUUGGAUGAAAGAAAAGAAGACAUCCCGCAAGAGCAGCAACAACAACAAUCAGAGUGAUAACUCCAUAAGUAAGUAGUGCCAGCCGAAUAAUUAUUCUUCACUCAUUGCGCAACCACAACCCAUAACAUUCUCCAAUUGGCCUAAAACUACAAUAAAUCGAGGCACAGUUUGCAUUCGUUAUGAGGGAUUCUUCGAGGUAAUUAAUUAUUUAAAGCCGAAAACCGCAUCGCAGCAGCCUGAUUAAAUCGUAUUAUACAAAUUUCGGUCCAGCCUACCAAAGAAAAAAAAUAAUAAUUUAUUUUGUGCCA